UUUUAAUAAGUAGGAAUAACAUAAAACGGCUGUUUUACUAUGCAACCGGUUAAAUAAUUGGUAAAGUGCACUUCAUCCGGGCGCUAUGAAGUUGAAUAUGUAUGCUAGAGAAAGACCGAGUUUCGUUCGGUUUUGCCCGGCUCCGGUCGGACAACUUCGGGGAUUGGAAUAUUGACGUGCCCGCCAUCUUGCUAUUUCGUGCUCUCCCCAGUCAGUGUAAAUACCGAAAACCGCGGCGGGUUUUAUUAUUACUAGUUUUUUUAUGAAAGUACUUGUAAAGUUGUUCUAAUUGUGUAAAUUUUCUAUUUAUAAAAUGGACGAUUAUGAGUCAAAUUCAUCAGAUACUGAAAAUAGUGACACUGAAGAUGUUGAUAGAGAUGAAUUUUACCGGAAAUUGUAUCAAGUGUACAAAAACAAAAGAGGACUUAAUUCUGUGUUACUGGCGCGAGAGAAAUAUAACUACCUUGUCGCGAGAAUAAAGGCGGCAAAAACAACGUUGAAAAAGACGUCCUCGGAUUAUCAUCGUUUAAAGAAAUUUGAAGUUAUUCGAACGACGGAUGGAGACAAACUGUUCACUCUUCCUACACCCGGUAACAAAAAGCGGCAAAUGAUGGUGCCGAUGGAUGAAAUGUACGACAUUAUUAAAAAGUAUCAUAUUAUGUUAAACCAUGGCGGCCGCACUCGCAUGAGGGAUGAGUUAAAACAAAAAUACAAAAACAUAACUGCAGAAAGUGUUUUAGUAUAUUUAUCAAUGUGCAAAUCUUGUAAGAACAAAACUAUUUAUAAACGUGGAAGACCAGGAGAAAAACCUGGUUUUAGUCCAUUACAUGAAACUCCGGAGGAGGAUUUUUGCAUUCCGGCGGAUCCUAUUUCCGAAGGUUCGCCAACGACUGUAAAAUCAGAAAUGGAAACUGAAGAGGUAAUAAGAGACAUACCUGCACCUAUACCUAUAUCCACAUACAAAUAUCCAGAGCUGUAUUCACGCGGCCAAGUGGACAUACUCGGUGUGACUACUGAAUUAGGCGCAGACUAUAAAUAUUUAAUGAUUUAUAGAAAUUUAACCAAUAAAUACAUUCAUUUGAAACCGAUGAAGGAAUUAAAUGUAGAAGACGCGGUGGAAGCUCUGCUUACAAUAUUCUUAGAAUACGGAGCCCCAAACAUAUUGCAAUCAAAAAAUGGUUUAGACCUAAUAAAACCUAUUUGUACACAAAUAGCAGACUUACACGAGGAAAUAAAAGUGAUUCCCUCUGAGAAACUUUUCAACAAAAGUGAUUUUAAGGGUAAAUCUAAUGAGGAUAUAUUGAAAAAGUUAAAUGACUGGUUGAUCACUUCACUCAAUACUAAGUGGUAUCAAGGAUUGAAAUACGUACAGCACGACUUCAACACUGUUUUCCACGAGGCAUUAUGUAGAACGCCUUGUCAGAUGGUCUUUGGUUCGGAUCCGAGAAGAGGUAUAGCAAGCGUUUUUCCGAAAAAUAUAUGCGAUGAUAUUUCAACGGAACAGGAUUUAAUAGCAGUAUUAGAGAACAAAGGGCCUGUUGCUCCGAAAGAAGUGAAAGAAGAAGAGUCGGUGACAUUACCUAGCGAUUUAAUUAAAGAAGAGGCUGAUAGUGAUGACGAGAAUGUCGAUGAAGAUAAAGAACUGAUAGCAUAGGUAUCUUUUUGUAACUGUGUAUUAAUUAAUCAUGUAACCUCUUUGAUACAAAAUUUAAAAUAUUUGUAAUUAAUAUUCUUUUUUAAUAUUUCAUAA